CGUGCUUGCUCAUGUCAUUAGCAUAAACUGUUAGCGAAGAUCACGCUGCUCAUCUUAUAUUCCGAUUCUGGUUGUUGCAUAUUCCGUCGUGCCCAACUACGAAAAUCUUGGCAUCUCUGUCCCGAUAGAGCUUAUCGGCUAGACCUGUGUGGCUUCCUGAAAGUCACCCCUUGUCUGUAAUGUUAGGUGAUUAAAGAGGCAUGAGUUUCAUUUAUGAUGUGAACUCAUACUUGACCACAUGAAUUUAUCAGAGAGUACGUACAGGGGACAUUCAUGAGAAAUUAUGAAGCAUCUGCAUCGGAUAGGUACAGAGUGGGACAUAACAGAUACAGAGUCCAAAUAAUUUACAAGUUACAGCCUGCACAUCGGUUGCACUCGAGCAGGGGUGUUAUGUCAACAACUCUUGGAUGUUUAGGUCUUCAUACAUUUACUGUGUCGAGUCGAUUUACAUGUGAAUCUGCAUGCAUAUAGACAUGUAUGUAUUGUAUAUAAGUGCGCGUUUUGCGCCAUUUUGUGCAUUGGUUGACAAACGCUGAGAGAGACCAAAUCACUUCCUUUUGCUUCUCUGAAUCCCUUCUGCUCCCUUUUCUCCAUGGCUACUCUCUCAGAAGCAUACAGGAACACACCUCUGCACCCUCACCAUAUUAUCCCUCUAGACUUUCAAUCUGUCGAACGCGUUCCGGAAUCACAUUCAUGGCAAGACGACAGUCUUCCACUUAGAAUCCAGUCGCCGGAAAGCGGGGAGGAGGCAUCGCUGCCCAUCAUUGACCUCGGCGACUCCGAAGCCUUAAAGAUGGUGGGUCCAGCAUGUGAGGCGUGGGGCAUGUUCCAAGUCAUAAACCAUGGCAUUUCUACAACCCUUAUAAGGGAUGUCGAGUCGGAGGCUAGGAGGUUCUUCUCUCUCCCGGCUAAAGAGAAGAUGAAGGCUCUCCGUUCUCCUGGCGGAGCUGCUGGGUAUGGAGUCGCCCGAAUAACACCGUUCUUCAAUAAGUUCAUGUGGCAUGAAGGGUUCACCAUUGUGGGAUCUCCCAUGGACCACGCUAGGGAGGUUUGGCCUCAUGGAUAUCGAAGGUUUUGUGAAGUGAUGGAAGAGUACCAGAAGAAGACGAAAGAUCUCUCCGAGAGGCUCCUCAUCCUGAUCCUGAAAUCCCUCGGCAUACCCGAGGAACACAUCGAGUGGCCGAGGUCCGCAGCCUACCAGGGCGGGCCAGCCCCGUGCACGGCCCUGCAGCUCAACUCCUACCCAUCCUGCCCGGACCCGGCCAGGGCAAUGGGUCUGGCCCAACACACGGACUCCUUCCUCCUCACGGUCCUCCACCAGGUCAGUGGCAUAAACGGUCUCCAAGUCCUGAAGGAGGGGGCGGGGUGGGUCCGCGUCGUGCCCUUGGAAGGGGCACUAGUGGUCAAUGUGGGUGACAUGCUCCACAUCAUGUCUAAUGGAUUGUUCCCCAGCGUCCUCCACCGGGCUGUCGUGGAUAAGACCAGCCACAGGAUGUCAAUGGCCUACUUCUAUGGGCCCCCGGCGGAUUACCGCGUCGCCCCCAUCCCAAGAGGCUGCCCGAGCCAGGCUCCACUCCAGUUUCGACCCGUGACCGUCAGGGAGUACAUUGAGAUGAAGGCAAAGAAUCUUGAUGGCGCGCUAUCGGGAAUCAGGGUGAGAUGAUAAAAGACCGUUUCUCCACAUAUCUAUAAUAAUAAAUGAACCGCCGCAAAAUCAAAACUUGGCUUCCAUUUCCAGUUUUAUUUAUUUGCAUUCGGUAGGCUCGUAUCUAUUACUAAGUACUGUUAGUCGAGAUUUGUGAAUUACGCAAUUCGAAGCAACGAAUUCGCACCGUUACUAGCAGUGCAGGGGAUGAGUAUAUAACUCAAUAAUAAUAGUUUAGAAGCAUAAGAUACCUGGUGGGGUUGCAAUUCUCGCCCAUGAAACAUAACAAAAAAAAACAAAAGGAGGAAAAAUGUUGACAAGAAGGGAAAAAAAAAAGGAGAAAAACG